GGCGCCCGCUCUGCACGGACUCUAACAGCAUCCGAAGACUUCGGCCCAGCGGGGACAGCGGAGAGUCCCAGGCCCAGGGCCGACCUCCAACUGCGCCCGCGAGCCAAUGGCCGGCUCGGGGUCCCCCGCACUCUGCGGGUGUCUCUGCCUCUCCCGAGCUUCCCUCGCCUGGCCUGGGACCACGCUGCUGCUUCUCGCCGACUGGGUGCUGCUCCGGCCGGCCCUGCCCCAGUUGUCCUCCCUGCUGGUGCCUCCUGAGUUGCCGCUGCUCCGGGUCUGGGUGGUGGGCCUGAGCCGCUGGGCUGUGCUGUGGCUCGGGGCCCGCGGGGUCCUCAGGACAGCGAUUGGCUUUCAGAAAGAAAAAGCAGCAGUCCAAGGAUGGCUGGCUGCUUUGGAGCCACUGGCGGCGGCGCUGGCCUUGGCCCUGCCGGGACUUGCCUCGUUCCGUCAGCUGGGAUCGGGGGACGCAGACAGCACCCAGCUCCUGCACUGGGGAAGUCGCCUCAACGCCUUCGCCCUCAGCUACAUAGCAGCACUGCCCGCGGCUGCCCUGUGGCAUAAACUCAGGAACCUUUGGGAACAAAAAGGUCACGGGGAUUCUGGAGUGGCGGUGAGGCGGCUUCUGGGCUGCCUGGGCUCAGAGAUACGCCGCCUCCCGCUCAUUCUAAUCCUGGUGCUCCUCUCCAGUCUUGGGGAGAUGGCUAUUCCAUUCUUCACGGGCCGUCUCACUGACUGGAUUCUAGAAGACCAGGCAGGCGCUGCCUUCAUUCAAAACAUAACUCUCAUGUCCAUCCUCACCAUAGCCAGUGCAGUGCUAGAGUUUGUGGGCGAUGCACUCUACAACAGCACCAUGGCCGUGCACAGCCACUUACAGGGAGAGGUGUUUCGGGCCGUCCUGCGCCAGGAAACUGAGUUUUUUCAAAAGAACCAAACAGGUGCCAUCACAUCUCGGGUGACAGAGGACACGUCCACCGUGAGUGAGUCUCUGAGUUCGGACCUGAGCCUCGUGCUGUGGUACCUCGUGAGGGGAUGGUGUCUCUUGGGGCUUAUGCUCUGGGCGUCACCAUUCCUCACUGUGGUCACCCUGGUCAUCCUGCCACUGCUUUUCAUUCUGCCUAAGAAGCUGGGAAAAUGGCACAAGGAGCUGGCAGUGCAGGUGCAGGAAGCUCUGGCAAAGUCCAGCGAGGUGGCCAUUGAGGUUCUGUCAGCGAUGUUUACAGUCCGGAGCUUUGCCAACGAAGAGGGUGAGGCCCAGAAGUUCAGGCAAAAGCUGCAGGAAAUGAAGACACUCAACCAGAAGGAGGCCCUGGCCUAUGCGGUCGAUCUCUGGAUCACCAGUAUCUCAGGGAUGCUACUGAAGGUGGGAAUCCUGUAUUUCGGCGGGCAGCUGGUGACAAGUGGGGCUGUGAGCAGUGGGCACCUUGUCACAUUUGUUCUGUACCAGAUCCAGUUUACCAUAGCUGUUGAGGUACUGCUGUCCACCUACCCCAGGGUACAGAAGGCUGUGGGCUCCUCAGAGGAAAUAUUUGAAUACCUGGACCGGAUCCCUCGCUGCCCAACAAGUGGUGUAUUGACUUCCUUAAACCUCGGGGGCGUUGUCCAGUUCCAGGAUGUCUCCUUCGCUUACCCUAACCGUCCGGACGUCCCGGUGCUGCAGGGGCUGACAUUCACCCUACGUCCUGGUGAAGUGAUGGCACUGGUGGGGCCCAAUGGGUCUGGGAAGAGCACGGUGGCUGCCCUGCUGCAGAAUCUGUACCAGCCCACCAGGGGGCAGGUGCUGCUGGAUGGGAAGCCCCUUCCCCAAUAUGAGCACUGCUACCUGCACAGACAGGUGGCUGCAGUGGGACAGGAGCCCCAGCUAUUUGGAAGAAGUUUUCAAGAAAAUAUUGCCUAUGGCCUGAUCCAGAAGCCAACUAUGGAGGAAAUCACAGCUGUCGCAAAGGAGUCUGGAGCCCAUAGUUUCAUCUCUGAACUCCCUCACGGCUACAACACAGAGGUAGGUGAGGCUGGGAGCCAGCUAUCAGGGGGUCAGCGGCAGGCAGUGGCCUUGGCUCGAGCACUGAUCCGGAAACCACAUGUACUCAUCCUGGAUGAUGCGACCAGUGCCCUAGAUGCAAGCAGCCAGGCACGGGUGGAGCAGCUCCUGUAUGAAAGCCCUGAAAGGUACUCUCGGUCUGUGCUUUUCAUCACCCAGCGCCUCAGCUCUGUGGAGAAGGCUGACCACAUCCUCUUUCUUGAAGGAGGCACCAUCAUUGAGGCGGGAACCCACCAGCAGCUCAUGGAGAAUAAGGGACGCUAUUGUACCAUGGUGCAGGCUCCUGGUGGGUCUGGUGGUCCGGAAUGAAAGACUUCUCAGACCUGCACACUCCAUCUCCCUCCCUUUUUACCUUCUCUCUAUAGUGGAGAGUUUGAGAACAAAGCAAGGUCUUACUAGAGCUGCAGAGUAGGCAGCUGCUUCUAGGAGGGGUGAGGUUCUAAAACAUAACCCUCAGGUGAUGCCUGAAAUUUUGCUCUGAGUGUUAUCCUCCUCCAAAAUCCUCUUGAUAAUGCAGAUUUCCUGGAAGAGACUAUGGUUUAUAAUAAUGCCUUCAUGUAAUUAGGGUUUGGAGCCAGGGUUGGUGUGACUAGCACCCUUAGAAUGAGGAUAAUAUUUAGAAUACACAGAAAGGGACGAUCAGCUGCUUUCCAGUCUGACCAGAGGCAUAUGCUGGCCAAUAAAUACCCUGUGGAUUCUUGAUAUUUAUAAUAAAAUUGGUGUUUUCUACUGUG